AUGUCAUCAACCUUGAACUCUUCACUCCUCGUCAAGAAAUCCACGUGUGAACGCAUGACCAGGAUAAGUUUGGUGAAAGGGAAAAGGAGCUCGUGCAAAGCAAGCCAUGCUGCAAGACACAUUCCUUCUUAUUGUGAGAUAAGGUUUGUCAACAAAGGAAAACUCGUCUGGACGAGACAAGCUUCUGAAAGCUCAAACUUUGUACCAAUCUGUCGACCACCUCCUGCCUAUGCACAAAAUUUUAGAUUUCAGUCUUUACAUAUUGACAAGAAUGAGGAAAUAAUGCAUGACCCUCAGGUGGCAGCUGAUGGAUUCACCUAUGAGGGAGAGGCAUUGCGUGGUUGGUUGGAAAAUGGCCACGAGACUUCUCCAAUGACGAACUUGAAACUGAGUCACUUAAAUCUCACUCCCAACCUUGCAUUGCAAAUUGCCAUUCAAGAUUGGCUCUGCAAAUUUUGA